AUGGGUGUGGCAGCAGAAGUGGCAGAGAUGCACUGCUAUGACACAGCAUCACCGCUACUGUCACCGCCAAGCAGAGCAGCAGCUGCUCCGACUUAUGCCACUGGCCAGAGCGGUGGAAGUAAGUACAGCGAGCUGUUACUGGACACAGCAGCAGCAACAACAGAAUUAACCACUUCCACAGUACCGACUACACAGACUACAACAAGCACAGGACCAACGACAGUAGAAACAACUUCAUCUACAGCUACUUCAGCUCCAACCAGUACAAUUCAGGAACCUACAACUACAACAGUACCGACAGCAACAACUGAACUGACCACUAGCACUCUAUCCACAACAGAAGCUACAUCAAGCACACAGCCAACAACUGAACAAACAACUGCAGCUACAACAACUGUAGCCUCAACCACUACAACUCAGGAACAAACAACAACAGUGGAAACAACCACGGCUACAAGCAUACCAUCAACUACAACACCAACAACAGAACAAUCAACUAUACAGGCUACAACAAUCACGGGACCCUCAACAGCAGAAACAAGUGCAUCUACAACUACUCCAGCUGCAACCACAACAAGUGAGACAGCAACAACUACAGAGGAAACAACCACAGCUACAACUACAACUUUAAAUACAGCAGCAACAACAGAAUUAACCACUUCCACAGUACCAACUACACAGACUACAACAAACACAGGACCAACGACAGUAGAAACAACUUCAUCAACAGCUACUUCAGCUCCAACCAGUACAAUUCAGGAAGCUACAACUACAACAGUAACGACAGCAACAACUGGACUGACCACUAGCACUCUAUCCACAACAGAAGCUACAUCAAGCACACAGCCAACAACUGAUCAAACAACUGCAGCUACAACAACUGUAGCCUCAACCACUACAACUCAGGAACAAACAACAACAGUGGAAACAACCACGGCUACAAGCAUACCAUCAACUACAACACCAACAACAGAACAAUCAACUAUACAGGCUACAACAAUCACGGGACCCUCAACAGCAGAAACAAGUGCAUCGACAACUACUCCAGCUCCAAGCACAACAAGUGAGACAGCAACAACUACAGAGGAAACAACCACAGCUACAACU